CACGCUGCGCGGCGCCGAGGGGCGUGGUGCGGCCCUGCUUGGGCGGAGGGGGCGUGGCCUACGGCGGCCGGGAGGGCGGCGGCCGCGGCGGCGGGAUGGAGUCGGUGGUCUUCAUCUUCUCGCUGAUUGACUGUUGCGCCCUCAUUUUUCUCUCCGUCUACUUCAUAAUUACACUAUCAGAUUUGGAAUGUGACUACAUUAACGCUAGAUCAUGCUGCUCAAAACUCAAUAAAUGGGUGGUCCCUGAGGUGAUUGGCCAUGCUGUUGUAACUGUAUUAAUGCUUAUUUCAUUGCACUGGUUCAUCUUUCUCCUUAAUUUGCCAGUAGCAACAUGGAAUAUAUAUAGGUACAUUAUGGUGCCAAGUGGAAACAUGGGGGUAUUUGAUCCCACAGAGAUCCAUAACCGAGGACAACUGAAAUCACACAUGAAGGAAGCCAUGAUUAAACUCGGCUUUCAUCUGCUCUGUUUCUUCAUGUACCUUUACAGUAUGAUUCUGGCUUUGAUAAAUGAUUGAGAAGUUGAAAAAGAACCAUUAGCUGCCAAAUUGGGUCAUCACUCCAGUGACUGGUUGUGGAGCCACAGACACCUUCCGAACAUACCUAUAUCAGUGUCGUCAUGCAGUAUAUUUUUCCUCUUUGAACAAGAAAUAUUUUUCUGUAUUUUUAACAUAAAAUAUUUUCAAAAGACA